CACACACGUAAUUCGCGAUGGAUUCCGAUAACAGAAACCGGCGCCCGCGUUGCAUCACUAUCGGCGAUAUAAACGCUCUUUGUUUACAUAGGCCAGGGAUCCGCCGGAUUAUUUUCAGCGAUUCACCUGAUGCACGAUGCUUUAACGUACGCGCGUGACAGUGAAUCGGAAACAUUCGUCGUUCCGAACAUGUGCGUCGAAUGUAUUCCGUCUAUUAUGUAUGUCCGUUGCUCGUUUUGCGAGUGUUGCGCGACGAUUCCGUAUCGGAGUGACAAAGUCGACAAUCAAGACGCGAAGAGAAUCCUUAACUGCAAACUUGGCAAUUUGUAUCAUGCAAAACACAUUUCCUAAGGUUGAUUCGUCGAACGAUUUCGAGGAGUCGCUGCACGCGAUGUCCGAUAUUUACGGACAAACUCCACCCAGGACUCGUCUCAGUCGCAAGAAAAGACACAUGAAGCAAAAAUUCUCAGGCAGUGAUCUUAAAUCGAUAGAAAAAGAAACUCGGCCAAAGACAACUAUUCGAAGGCGCAACACCCUGGAUACCAUUAUCUUCAACGAAAUGUGCGAUAAAGCGGACAAAGAUCGCGAGAACGAGGCAAAGGAGGAUGCGAAAGAGGGCAGCAGAAAGUGCAAGAGGAUCUUGAAACUAUUGCGCGGCAAUGAAAGAGAUUUGAAGCUUGAUGUAGAAGCUGCCUACAAUUAUGCCGAGAAACACAAUGGUGACAUGGCAACAGUGUUGACGCCGAAUCAAAUCAAGAUUGAGACUAGAAAUAGAUUUCGCUGUUUGCGGUCCAAGCCAGUUGAUGUGGAGGAAAAAAAAGUGGAGCGAGAAAUUAUCGAAAAAAGCGUGUUGAUAAACGAAAAGAAUUUAAGCGCGCAAUCGCCGAGGACGCAAAGCUUGAAGGAGAGAGAAAUAUUUCAUGACACUUUUUCUUUUUUAAUUAAAUUAGGGAGUACAGAGCGGAAUUGUCGCCGUCAAAUGAGUCACGAAGAAAGCAGUUGGCAAAACGAACUAAAGGAUCUGAUUUGGCUGGAACUACAGGCACAUCAUGCAGAUCGUAGCCCGAUGGCGCAGGAUGAAUAUUUAUGCCGUCAACGCGAGGCAGUAGAGGUUCUACUUACAGAAAUAAUGGAGUACAAAUACGAUCCCAUGACGGAUGUGCAAGAGGCAGGUUGCAUCAGCCCUGGCGACAUUGCGAAUGAUCGAUCUGCAAAUCCAGGUUCCAGUCCGAACAUUGAACUGGGUGUAUGUCCAGGUUGCCUCUCCAUGUACUGUCGUGCAUGCGCUCGUGAACAGGGAGAAGCGUUACAACAAGUGGAAGGUCUAUUAGCUCGUCUGGAGGCAGCGGAAGCCUUAUAUCCAUCUUGCCAGGCGUUUGCCGCUAAUUAUCCGUUAUACAAGAGCCCAGAAUUCACCGACAGAGUGAAAGCUAUGUGUCUCUGGUAUAACAUGACGAAACACCAUCGGCUUAAAUUACAAAUAUUGGGCAGAUUGCUCAUGAUGCUGCAUAGUAAGAAGAAACAGGAGGAUUUUAACGACUCCGGCAUAAGUUCGCGAUCCUCGGAUACUGUCGAUUCUAUGGAGCAGCGACAAUCCAUGGUGCGAUUCGAGCUAUCUCAACAGGACGAAACUUCCAGUCCCUCUGACAGCAAUAAUAGCAAUAAUUCUUCAGUAGGAGGUUUAUCUUUCAUAUCGCAGUCAUUGCCGCCUACUCCGGAAAUUUCGUUCUCGUAUGUGGAAGACGAAAGAGUCGAUCGACUCGAUUUCUACUUGGUCGAAUUUGAUCGACACGCUUACAGAAAGUAUAUCGAGGAUGUAUUGAAAACGAGAGGUCUCAGAAAAAGUUUGAAUUUCCUGGAUCGAUUGCACACAUCUAUCUUGAGGAAAGCGAGAUUAACUUUGGAAAAAAAUAACUUCGAAGAAUGUGAUAGCAAUGCAAAUGAAGAAUACGAAGGUGAUAGAGAGCUACAACGGUAUGGCAUUUGGAGUCCCGAAGCAAAGGAGUUAAAUUUGCCAUCAUAUAGGGCAGCUUUCGUGUUUCUUUCGCGCGUGCCAUUGGACGUAGUUCACGAAUUUCUAAGAAUGAGACUAGAACAAAAACCGGAGCAGCCGAGUCCGUUGUCGGUCCGACAGCUCAUGCGGGAACUUCGGGAGGGCAUCAAGAUCGCUUGCAUUCAUCGCGACCGAUUCGCCGCGCAUUCUUGCGCUGCUGUUGCGAGCGACGAAACCGACUGCGAGAGUCUGUUUGAGGAAGACGUCAAGUAUUUCGAUGAGAGCCUGAGAGCUGUGUUUGAGGUCUAUCUAGAUUAUCUUCAGCAGUGGGUGGACAUGGUGCAGCAUGACAGCUUUCACAAAAAUCUGAUCAUGGAUGAGUGGUUGUUUGUCAAGUCCAUCGCUGGAAACAUAAGUGAUGGAUAUAAGAUUGCUGGCGUAAAAUUCUACGAAAUUGCACAUACGAUGAUUAAACAAGUUAAUGAAUUUCUCACUGAACGGACUCGCGAGAUCUGUGAAAAUGUGGAAGAAAAGGAGGAUGACGAAUUGUCAUGCAAUGAAACACAGUUUAGAUUCCAUCUGUUUGUGGGCCGUGAGUGGCAGGGAAUGUUUGUAGAGGCUCGGGAAAAGAUCGUAAAGAGCAUCAAUCUUGCCAAAUGUUUGAAACGCGAUAUCGAGAAAUGGUCAGUCGAUGAUCAGAAGUUAGAGGAGUCGUUGAAACUAUUGAAGAAUACAGUUCUAGAUUUAAGACAUUGCAUAACGGUAAUAAUCGAGGACUUUCAAAGAGAUGUCGAUGAAGUGGAGCAAUCGAACAUCGAGAGCGACCAAACACCUUUACGCUCGAGGAUCCGCGAGAUUCUUCAUCAAGCUUACAGGAUGGGUUUCGAGUUUCAUAAGGAGAUGUGCAAACUGUUCUCACUAGAAGAAAAGGCCAUUCUAGCGCGUGGUCUAGUAUCAUUCGCGUUGUUGUGGAUGGAAUUCGUGAGAACGCGAUGCGAGCGUGGCCGCGGCUUGAGGCCCAGAUGGGCGAAUCAAGGUUUGGAGUUCUUGAUAACAGUGUGUGAGCCACACAAUACGAAACAUCUCACCGAUCAGGAAUUUGAGGAAUUAAAGACAUGCAUGGAUCGUUGUAUAUCUCAUGUAGUGGGAACCGUAUCGGUUGCAGGAUCGACGCCGGAGACAGAAAAUUUAAGAAGACUGUCGCGAUCAAGAGCUUCAUCGCCGAGUCAUGGUCGCACUAGAACUACGAGCAUCAAUCUUUCUCAGAAACCACGGGAGGCUCUGAAAUCACCCGAAUUAUUGAUUAAUGCGAAGAAAUGUAGCUCAUCAAGCAUGGUUGAUGGAAAUCUUGCGGUGAUAGUAAACAUACCCGAGCAGGGCACGCAGAGGCACGAAAGAGUCAUUUGUGCCAUCAGAAAAAUGGAAAGUGAACUCGACGAAAGAUUGAGGAAUCGGGAGCUUAUCGGACAAGUCACUGAUAGAAAAGGAGUCGAUAGAGUUCACAUCAAGGUGCGAAGAGUUACAUUUACAUGGCAGAGAGGUAUUAAAAUAGGCCAAGGAAGAUUCGGCAAAGUGUACACAGUAGUGAAUAAUCAAACAGGUGAACUGCUAGCCAUGAAAGAGGUGCAGCUGCAACCUGGCGAUCACAGAGCAAUCAGGCGUGUUGCUGAGGAGUUACAGAUAUUUGAGGGAAUCCAGCAUCAACAUUUAGUGCGAUAUUACGGACUAGAAAUUCAUCGUGAGGAAAUGUUGAUUUUUAUGGAAUUCUGUGCGGAGGGAACUCUUGAGAGCUUGGUGGCUGGUAGCGGCAACGGAUUGCCAGAAUCUUUGGUCAGAAAAUAUACUCAUCAACUCCUUUCAGCCGUAGCAGCGCUGCAUUCUCAUGGAAUAGUUCAUCGAGAUAUUAAAACUGCGAAUAUCUUUUUAACAAAUGAAGGCAAUUGUCUGAAACUUGGUGAUUUUGGUAGCGCGGUGCAGAUUAAAGCGCAUUCGACGAUGCCUGGGGAACUUCAAGGUUUUGUCGGCACUCAAGCUUACAUGGCACCGGAAGUAUUUAUGAAGUCAGGAAGCGGUGGACAUGGCAGAGCUGUCGAUAUUUGGUCGGUGGGUUGUUGCAUCAUUGAAAUGGCGAGCGGACGGCGACCUUGGUCGGAUUACGAUUCGAAUUAUCAAAUUAUGUUUAAGGUUGGAAUGGGAGAAACACCGGCUCUUCCUAAGAAUCUAUCUGCGGAAGGCAUAGAUCUCAUAAAGAAAUGCCUGCAGCACGAUCCAAAGAGAAGGUCGACUGCGAAUACACUUCUUGCACAUUCUUUUGCGCUAGGGGAGUACGAGGAUGUCAAUGCUGACUUAACGAUGCUACGAUACUAAGAGUGUUCAGAAAAAUGAGAUAGCAUGGUCCUUGCGGGAAUGCAGAACUGGCAUUUGUAUUUUAUUGGUAGAAUUGUUUCAGAAACAUAUCUGCUAUAUUAUGUUGUUUUUUAUUUGCACUUUUCUGAGAGAUUUAGUAUUUAAUAUAUGUUUUAAUGAGACUUUGUUAAAAGUAUAUAGUAUUUGUGGCAGACUAUACAAAGAAAUGAAAAUUGUAUUUGAGAAUACCAUUGAUGAGAUCAGUAUAUAAUACGUAAGUAUUAUUGUGAUCAUAUAUAUAAUUUACGAUAUAAUUAUAAGGAAAAUAUUUCACAGGAGGGACACUUUCUUUUGUCUACAUUGAUAAGUAAUGAUGUUAAAAAUGUUUAAUAAUACAUUUUUAGUAUUGAAAAUUCUUGCAAAUUAAACUUUGGCAUAUAUAGCUAGCAAAAUAUAAAUAACAAAAUUGAAUUUUGCAAAUAGUUGGAAACAAAUAUUGUAUUCUAAUAGAAAUUUUAAUAGACUGAACAAUAAGAUUCACUAAGAAAUAUUUAGUGAGAAAAAGGAAAGUGCAACUUUUUUUAGAGAUAUUCUUUUAGAGAUACUCUUUAUGUAUCUUUAUAUUUAUUAUGUGUGAUUUAAACUAGCCAUGCUAGAAUAAGUUCAGUGAUUUAGCCUGGAAAAGUGGAAGACCGCGAAAGCAUUUUAGUGAAACAUAAUUUAGUGUGAUUGCAUAUAGAAUCUACACAUACAAUUUAGUUCAAUCGAAUAGUAUGUUCAAAGAAAUAAUAAAGGGGGGGAGGGAAUACAUAUGGUAUUUAGGUACAUGAAGAUAUAAAUUGAGAAACGUAUAUCUCUCUUCAGUUUUACUUAAAAGACAAAAGCAAAAUAUAUAUUUUCUAUUUUGUAUUUGCAUUUAUAGUUUAUAUAAGAUACAGCGUAGUGCUGCAUAUUCUUUGUAAAUAUAUAUUGAUAUGAACGAUAGACGCAAAUCAUUUCCCAUUCUGAAGAUCAUAUAUACACCUCACAAUUAGCAUUAAGUGCAGCAAAUGUCAAACGCUCAUAUUAUAUCAAACCCAUUUUUUCCAUUAGAUAUAUAAAAUUCAAGUUUUGACGUUAGUUGUGACCUACUAUGUGAUUAAUUGUAAGUGUGAUUAAGAUACCUUUAAGGUAUAAUAUACAUAUAAUGGCAGCUUCCAAUGUUAUGUCUAUGUUAUAUUAAUUGCUUCGUAGACAGGAAGUGGAUGAUUUGUUACUAUUAUGCAAUAGAAAUUCUAUUUUAAAUAAAACGAUCGAGAGUAAAAGAAUAAAACGAGCAACAACGACUGUUAUUUUGAUGGAGUUUAUUUUUCUGUACGAGGAAACGCGUACACACGUGAUGAUACAACAUACUUUGAUGUGGAUCAAUUACUUAGCGGAGGUAUGCUGUGUAUGCUUUCCGCGCGCAAACGGAAAGCCGAGUGUACUUAUUCGUUUAUCUAUCGAACGUUUUACGCACAAAAGUACAUAACUUACGCCAUGAAUUUUAAUCCUUAUAUCUGAACAAUCUCUUUAUCUUUAAGGAAAGGACCAAAUUUUGAUUGUACAUUUAUUUAAUAUAUAUAUUUAACAAAACUCUAUAAAAUGUAUUAAAUAGAUUAGCUAAAUAAGUAAAUUCAGCUAAAAGGAUUGAAUAAUCUCUUUCACUUGCAAAAAAUAAAGAGAACUAAAUUGUUCACUUAAGGAUUAAAGUCAGUCAUACAUUACCCAAGAGCUUGUGUGCAAACUCUGUGAAAAAAGAAAUCGUAUAGAAAUUAUUAAAAAUAUUAAAUUAUAAUAUGUCAAAUUGAAUAUGUUUAUGUCAGAGUUCUUGUUAAACUAUUGGGUUGUGUAUGAAUUGGUUAUAUAUUUAAUAUAUGGCGUCAACAGUAUAGCUAGAAAUCAUAAUUUGUUUUAAUUUUUCAGUAUUUAUGGUGUAUUGGAUCUUAUUUUUUAUUUUUUGCAUGUAUUAUAUUAUACUUAUAUCCAGUUACGACAAGAAUUUAAUUUUUUCUUCAGCAUUUGUUACAUGACGAACUGAAAGUAUAUAUAAAAGGAUGAGACAUAAAUUAGGUAUAUUAUAUAUACAUAUAUGCACCGAAUUUGGGGACUGCAGAGUCAACAAUGUUGCUAUAUAUCAUAUAUAUUGCGAUAAUAUUCAUGAUGAUAUCAUGUAAUAUAACAGAGUUAACAUUUUCUUAUGGAAAGAAUAAAGAAGAGAUUAUUAUAUUUAAUACAAAAUAAUUAACAUUUUCAUGAUAUUUGACAUAUUUAACACAGUUGUUACAUAAUACAUGAAUAUUAUUUUUUUGCUAUUUAAUAUAUGUAUAAAAAAUUGAAAGCAAGAAAUAUUGCAACUUACGUUAGACGAAUCAGGAUAAGAGAAUUAUAAGUAAUAUUUUAUAUUACAUGAGAAAUUGAAAAUAAGAAUGAUACAAAUUAAGAUUUUUAAAAACU